GCGACGUUGCAUGCAGUGAUCGCCACUCCCACGUAGCGCAGGGAGGCGGCCGCGGUAAACUGGGGGGCGAGCGGGCGGGAGGGGAAGAAGCCAAUCGCUGGAGUGGGAGUCUGGUGUUCUGCGCAGUGAUUUCAAGACGGGAUCGCUCCAGUCUGUGUGCAAGCCAUUGUGAACACCGAUUAACAGGAUGGCCAUGGCGUUGACGAGCGCAGGUAGCCUCCAUUCAAUUGCACCACCCGGUGUGAUUGCAUGUGAGCGGCGAGAUGCAGAAUCUGGUGCCCGCGCAAGGAGAGUGCGGACAUGGUUGCUAUUCCGGAGUGGCGGAGGAGCGUCGACUCGAGCAGCUCCUUCGCUCUCUGAACCUGACAUCAGUCGGGCAGAGCGGCAUCUAAGCGCUGCUCGCAGCGGUGUCCCGCUGAAUGUGGGACUCGGUUCCACGAGGCCAAGCAAGGUGGGACUUGGUUCCACGAGGGCGUGCAGGAAGUCCCGUUCAAGGCCAUUUUGGCUGGCGGCAGCGAGAUCUGAAGGUGAUGAGGGCAGGAGAACGUCUGGAGGUAGCGAAGGAAGGGACGGCAGCAACCCCUUGCGCUUCGUGCGGUGGUUUAGAUCGAAGUUGAGCACGUUCUUUCCCUCAGGAGAGGGACAGAGAGAAGCGAAGUCGGGGGAGAAAGGGAACUACAACGUCUACUACACUGUGAAAGACGGUGAUACGCUGGAAGGUAUCGCGGACAAGUUCGACGUCCCCCGCCAUUUUCUGAUGGAGGUCAACGAUAUUGAGGGCAGUAAGAGGCUGAGUGCGGGUCAGUUUUUGUGGAUUCCGCAUGUGUACGAAGUGAAGAGGGGUGACACGCUGGACAGCAUUGCGGAGAAAUUCGGCGUGCCCAAGUCGAGGCUGCGGAUGGUCAAUGGUAUUCAGGACGCGGAUUCGAUAUCUAGCGAGGACGCAUUGAUCAUCCCGCCUACGGAAGUUGAGAGCAGGGCGGGAGGGAAAGGCCGUGAAGGAGAGCGCCAGGGUGUUCACACUGGGAUGGAAGGAUCGACGUCCGGCACGGCAGGGACGACGGGCAGCGCAGGGAGAGGAGGAGGAUCAACGACGGGGACCUCUGGCGGGCAAGGCGGAGGAUCAACGUCCGGGGGGGCGGGUGGGACAUCUGCAGGGCAAGGAGGAGCUGGUGGCACGAGUGGCGCAGCCGCCGGGCAAGGACGAGGAUCAACGACGGGGACGAGUGGUAGUAGGGGUACGUCAGGGCAAGGCGGAACAUCAACAGGGCGAGGUGGAGCUGGAGGGGUGGGAGGCUCAUCUGCAGGGCAAGGAGGAGGAUCAACAACGGGAACGGCGUGGACGACUAGGGGUAGGGGUAGCUCAGGGCAAGGUGGAACGUCAACAUUGGGGGCGGCGGCUGGCACAUCGACAGAGCAAGGAGGCGCUGGAGGGGCGGGUGGCUCAUCUGCAGGGCGAGGAGGAGGGUCAACGACGGGGACGACGGGGACGGCUGGUAGGAGCGGCACCACAGGGCAGGGCGGAGGAUCAGCAUCAUCGACGACGGGGACAACAGGUGGGUCGGCAUCCCGCGGAGGGCAGGGGGAUGCAGGGCAAGGACGAGGACAGGGCAGGGGAUCUGCUGGCCAGUAAAGCGGGGAGAAAGUGGUACCUCAGGGCAGGGAAGAGGAGGAACUUAAGAGGUUCGUCUCAGUUCAUCCUGGCAAUGCGUGGACGCCUACCGAGGAGAAAAAGGACUGGAAACGAUGUCGUUAAACUUCCUCCUUCCGCCAUUGAGAGUAUGGAGACGGGACGUGGGACGCGAAGGGAGGUGGGUGCUGAGGGUUAGGACGAAGGGCGGAGGAUGUUAAGGGUGUGGAUGGGGGAGGAUCUUCAGGGUGUGGCUGGGUGGACCUCGCGGCUUCCUCAGAGUGAGCGUUUGAAGGCGCCUUGUGCUCUAUUAUGAGGUGAGAAAGAAGUGUGACAGAUUCACAAGAAGUGCAUUCGCGAUGGCACUGAAGGUAUUACAUCUGCAUGGGCGUCUAGCGUCCGGUCCCCAUCAAACGGAUCUGCUCGAUGUAGUGUUGAUGUCUUGGUUUCGAUGACGGCAAAGAGGUGGAGGCCGAAGGAGAGCGUCCUCAAAGAUACGUUGCUGCACUGUCUACGGUCACAAAGCUGUACAUUGUAGGAAACCCAAUGGAGGGGAGGGUCGCUACAGUGUUAAGUAGCCAGAGCUACAAGCGACUUGGUUGACGGUUGACUGUUGUUGUUGUUGUUGUUGACACUCACUCUGUCGUUAGCUUUUUUCUUUCCUGUUUUGUCCUGAUUUUCGACGGUAAGCUCUUUGACUCCCUAGAAUAGGAAUGUCCACAGUCGAGAAGGUGUACGUUACAGACAGGAGUCCGAGGGAGGGAUUAUUCAUUGCCAGAGGAGUCAGAGCCAGAGCGUCGAGGGAGUUGGGUUGACGGUCGGUUCUUGUUGUUGUGAUUGUCGUUGUCGUUGUUUUCGUCCUUGGUUCUUGUUGUUGUUGUUGUCGUUGUCGUUGUUUCGUGCUUUUUUGUUUUUUUCCUGUUUUGUUCGGAUUGGACUGUUACCUCCUCUUCAAACCCUCUUACUAUAGGAAAAUCUUCCGUCAGAAGCUUGUUGGACAUUAGAGGUGUCCGAGGGAGGGAGAAUCAUUGCAGAAUUGCGCAGCCAGAGCUGCAAGGGAGUCGGUUGAGGGUUGGCUCGUAUAGUGUUCUUUUUGCUGCCGUUUGGUGUCAACUUUCGAGGGUAGGGAAAGAGGUUGAAUGUUGACGUUUCGUUCGCUGGAUGGCUCGUACAGUGUUCUUUUUGCUGCCGUUUGGUGUCGACUUUCGAGGGUAGGGAAAGAGGUUGAAUGUUGGUUCGCUGAUGGUCCAAAUUUCUUUCUGCACAAAAUGCUGCGUAUCGCGAUAGUAUGGCGGUGUGGGAGCAGGCCUUUUAGCUUGUACACAUAGGAUAGUAUCACGGUAUCUGACCGGCCUUACGGCUUGUAUACAUUUGCGAUUAGCGUGCGGUUGGAUUGUGGGAAUGACGAUAGUCUUGAUUGUGGGAGUAAGAGAUCUUGACAGUGGUAUGUCGUCGGCUUUGCAUGUGUUUUUUUUUCUUCAAAUGGACGACGUGGGCCUCUUUGAGUGGAGGUUUAUUAUGGUGACGGGGUAGUUGUAGUAGUAAACCUGUGAGGGCAUACUGAUGCUAGCGCUUUCGUAAAUGCAUCUGACUGCAAUUACGGCCGGAGCAGGGUGAAUCUGACUGCAAGUACGUCCACAGCUUACUAGAAAAAUUCGUAGUGGAGUAUGCCCUUAAUAGCUUUAGAAAAAUAUAGAAACGCGGCCGACAUGUCCACUUUUUACUUGCUAAUCGCUAGAACAAAAAAACGUUAUAUAUAGAAACGUCACCCGCAAGUCGUCUUGUUGGUGACAUUUCUUUGUUUUCUUUUUUCUCUUUCAAUAGACGGAUGAAGGUAGUCGAUUCCGAUACACUUUUCGCGUAAUUUUUAGCGAUCAGAUCAUCCACAACGUGGUACUGCCAAGAUGUUUGGUCAUGUUUCAACUUUCAGGAUCUUGCUUGGUGCUAUCGGCUUGUUUUCACUUUUAGGAUCUUGCUUGGCCUUAUCGG